GGAGUAGAAAGAGACAGAGGUGUAGAAAGAGACAGAGGAGUAGACAGAGACAGAGGAGUAGAAAGAGACAGAGGAGUAGAAAGAGACAGAGCAGGAACCAUAGAUGUCUGUGACAGAGCGAGCAGGAUCACCUUGCACUGAGGAGGGGGACGACUUUAAUCAAACCACCUGAAUACUGGAAUGACUGAAAGAACAGAACACUCCUACAACUGAGAAUACUACAGUUUACUUGAUCCAAGACCUACAACUGUCCUCCACUUCCUCAUCACUCUCCUCCAGGAUGUUCAACUCCUCCUCCUCUGCGUUCUGUCCUCUCCUCCAGACCAUGCUGGACCACUCUCUGAACAACAACACGGGGGUCAACCUGGUGGUGGUGUGGGUCCACGGCCUGGUCUCCUGUCUGGGUAUCCUGGAGAACGCUCUGGUCCUCUGGGUGGUCGGCUUCCGCCUGCGCCGCCGGACCGUGGCCUCUGUCUGGGUUCUCAACCUGGCCCUGUCAGACUUCCUGGCUACGCUGACCCUCCCUCUCUUUACACACUACCUGCACUCCUCACACAGCUGGGAGCUGGGAGGUCUGCUGUGUACGGCCCAGUCCUCAGUCUUCUUCCUCAACAUGUUUGUGUCAGCCUUCCUCCUGGCGGCCAUUUCUCUGGACCGCUGUCUCCUGGUGGCGCGGCCCGUCUGGAGCCAGAACCACCGCUCCAUCAGCACCGCCUGGAAGGUGUGUGCUUUGGGCUGGUUGUGGGCGGCGGCCAACACCUUCCCUUACUUCCUGUUCCGGGCGGUGACGGAGAAGACGGACGGAAGGAAGCUCUGCUACCACCAUUUUGGAUUGUACUCGUCGCCAGGGAUGCUGGAGAGGGACUGUAGGGUACGGCAGGCGGCGACCGCCGUGUCCAAGACGUUCCUGGCGUUCCUACUCCCCCUAGUGGUGAUUGCAGGGAGCUACACCCUCUUUGGCAUCAGUCUGAGCCAGAGGUUGAAGAGGAGGAGGAAUAACAGCAGUAGUAGACUCACUGGGGCUUUGAUUGUUACCAACGUGGAACGUAGAGAGUCAAAACCCAACACAAACACCAAAAGCUCCACCCCCAACCCAAAAGGCUCCACCCCUACCUCCACCUCCGUCAAAUUGUCUUCUAGACGGACCGAGCCCGGCCUAUCCCGUGGCUUCACCAAAAUGGUGACAUCAGUCAUCGCGACGUUUGCCCUCUGCUGGGCGCCUUAUCACGUGUUCUGCCUCAUUGAGGUUGCCGCCCAGUACUGGCCGACCAAGGUCGUGUUGGUGGAGGUGGGGUUGCCAAUAGCGACGACCUUUGCCUUCCUAAACCCGGUGUUAAACCCGGUACUAUACGCGUUCAGCUGUCCCAACUUCUGCGUCCGGAUCAGACAGAGUCUGGGGGCGCUGAUGGAGGGACUGGUAGAGGAGGGAGGGAUGGGUGGAGUAGGAGAGGGGGGGCUGGGGUUGAGUAUCAGGAUGGGGUGGAGGAAGGGAAGGGGGAGCCUGGGAGGGAACUCAUUAUCGUCACCAAGCUGUCUGGGAACUCCAGGGUCUCCGCAUCUCCAGGAAGACCAUCUGCCCUCCUCUGCCUCCAUCAACCACAACUUCAAAGCCAGUUGUGGAGACCUGGAGCAAGGAGAGGACCCUCUGAACUGACUAUAUACUGAGAAUGAGAAAAUGUCGUUGACAUCAACUGAGACAAUAAGAAUCACCUCUGUUGUUCUGCUGGCCUCCAGGAGUCCUUCCUGUGCUGUAUAUUACUACAUCCUGUCCUAUUCUUUAACUGUUCCUCAAUAACUGUCCAUGUUUAACUAGUUGUUUCUCUUUAACUUGAAUUCAAUGUUUUUUGUGACCGUUUGUAGAAUAUUAAUAUGAUAACAAAAUGAUCUGGCACUUCACAAAGAGUUCAUUCUCUGACAUCGUUUUGGUGGAAAUUGUGUGUGUGUGUGUUCUUGAAAGCAGUUGUCUAUCAAUAUGUGUGUUGACUGUGUGUCUGUAUUCUGUCUGUGC